AUGGGUACGGAGAAUCAGGGUUAUCCGAAUUUUCCAGCGAGACCUACCUCGUCUCCAUUCGCAGCUGCUCCGCCACCAGGGGUUCCUCCUCAAUCUGGUGGACCAGCCACCGGAUCAGAGACAGGCUUUAGACCAUUCCAACCAGCUGCUUCCCAACCAACUAGACCGUUCACACCUUCUGGUCCUCCUGUGGCUCCAUCAGUGGGUCCGAUGAGGCCUGUCCAAUCUCCUUUGGUUUCUCAGAUUCCAGGGAAUAGACCUCCACCACCAUCAGCAAAUUCGUUUCCUUCAACACCAUAUGGUCCUCCUGGUGGUGGCUCUUUUCAGCGUUUUCCAGCCCCGCCAUUCCCGGCUGCACAAAACCCUCCUCGUGGUCCACCACCUACUCAAACCCUUGCAGGUCACUUAUCGCCUCCGAUGUCUAUUCGUCCACAACAACCAAUGGCGCCUGUAACAAUGGGACCUCCGCCACAAAGUAUGCCUUCUGGGCCACCUGGAGCAAAUGCUUUUCCUCCUCCUGCAGAUUCUCAUAUGGCUGCCAGGCCUGGUUUUCAACAGUCGAUGCCUCCAGUUAAUCCGUCUUAUCCUGGUGGGGUUGGUUCCCAACCAUCUUUUCCUGGUUAUCCCAGCAAGCAGGUCUUACAGGCUCCUCCAAUGCCAUUCCAGUCUGUAUCUCAGGGUCCUCCGUCUACAGUUUCACAAUAUCCUCCCGGAGGUUUUGCUCAGCACCCAAAUCUGGCAGCACAACAGAAUAUGCAUCCAAGCUAUGCACCUCCUACCAGUAACGUCCAAGGCUUGACUGAAGAUUUCAAUUCGCUAUCCCUUUCUUCUAUUCCGGGUUCGCUUGAGCCAGGACUUGAUCGUAAUUCAUUCCCAAGGCCAUUGGACGGUGACGUGAAGCCAAAUUCAUUUGCUGAAACAUACCCCAUGAAUUGCCAUUCUAGAUAUCUACGGCUGACAACUAGUGCUAUACCGAAUUCCCAGUCUCUGGCUUCGAGGUGGCAUUUGCCUCUAGGAGCUGUGGUUUGUCCACUUGCAGAGACUCCUGAAGGGGAGGAAGUACCCCUUAUUGAUUUCGGCUCGAUGGGCAUCAUCCGCUGCAGAAGAUGCCGUACCUAUGUGAAUCCUUAUGUGAAUUUUACAGAUUCUGGAAGAAAGUGGCGGUGUAAUAUCUGUUCUAUGCUUAAUGAUGUGCCUGGUGAAUACUUCUCACAUUUGGAUGCUACUGGCCGAAGGAUGGACAUGGAUCAACGGCCUGAGCUGACAAAGGGCAGUGUUGAAAUCAUAGCUCCAACUGAAUACAUGGUCCGGCCUCCAAUGCCACCAAUCUACUUCUUCCUCAUUGAUGUUUCGAUUUCGGCUUCUAAAAGUGGGAUGCUUGAGGUUGUUGCUCAAACAAUUAAGUCUUGUCUGGAUAACCUGCCUGGUUACCCCAGAACUCAAAUUGGAUUUAUUACUUAUGACAGCACAUUACAUUUUUACAAUAUGAAGUCAUCUUUGAGCCAGCCGCAAAUGAUGGUGGUAUCAGAUCUUGAUGAUAUAUUUGUCCCAUUGCCGGAUGAUCUUCUUGUCAAUCUCUCUGAAUCUAGAAAUGUGGUGGAAGCCUUUUUGGACAGUCUACCUUUGAUGUUUCAAGAUAAUGUCAAUGUGGAAUCAGCUUUUGGUCCAGCCCUCAGAGCGGCGUUUAUGGUUAUGAACCAACUUGGGGGCAAGUUGCUAAUUUUCCAGAACUCAUUACCUUCUCUUGGUGCUGGGCGGUUGAAGUUGCGGGGAGAUGAUCCUCGUAUCUAUGGAACUGACAAAGAAUAUACUUUAAGGGUAGCUGAAGACCCAUUCUAUAAACAAAUGGCUGCCGAUUGUACCAAGUUCCAGAUAGGAAUUAAUGUUUAUGCAUUCAGUGAUAAGUACACUGAUAUUGCCUCCUUAGGGACUCUGGCAAAAUACACUGGAGGACAGGUUUACUAUUAUCCAGGUUUCCAGUCAUCUGUUCAUGGAGAUAAGUUAAGACACGAGCUGGCUAGAGACCUUACCAGGGAAACUGCGUGGGAAGCGGUUAUGCGAAUAAGAUGUGGAAAAGGAAUUCGUUUCUCGUCCUACCAUGGAAACUUCAUGCUAAGGUCUACUGACCUGCUUGCUCUUCCUGCUGUUGACUGUGACAAAGCAUAUGCAAUGCAGCUAUCUCUGGAAGAGACAUUGCUAACAACCCCGACUGUGUAUUUCCAAGUCGCUUUGCUAUAUACUGCUUCUUGCGGAGAGAGGCGUAUAAGGGUACACACAGCUGUUGCACCAGUGGUUGCAGAUCUUGGAGAGAUGUAUAGACAAGCAGACACUGGUUCCAUUGUCUCUGUAUAUACUAGAUUAGCAAUCGAGAAAUCUUUAUCCGCAAAAUUGGAUGAUGCACGGAAUGCAAUACAGCUAAAGAUUGUUAAAGCCCUUAGAGAAUAUCGUAAUCUUCAUGCGGUGCAGCAUCGGUUGGGGUCUAGAUUAAUAUACCCUGAGUCUCUGAAGUUCUUGCCAUUGUACGGAUUGGCAAUUUCUAAGUCCACUCCUCUUCAAGGUGGACCUGCUGAUGCUUCACUUGAUGAGCGCUGUGCGGCAGGCUUCACUAUGAUGGCUCUGCCUGUCAAAAAGCUAUUGAAGCUUUUGUAUCCCAAUUUAUUCCGUGUUGACGAGUGGCUCUCAAAGCCAUCAGCAGACCAGGAUGACCUUAAGGACGUAGUGAGGAGAUUGCCUCUCGCUGCAGAGAGUUUGGAUUCUAGGGGCCUUUACAUUUAUGAUGAUGGUUUUCGAUUAGUCUUGUGGUUUGGCCGGAUGCUUUCACCUGACAUUGCUAAAAAUCUUCUCGGGGCUGACUUUGCGGCAGAGCUCUCAAGGGUUACACUGCAAGAGCAAGAGAAUGGAAUGUCAAAGAAGCUAAUGAGGUUGAUAAAUAAAGUGAGGGAGAAUGAUCCUUCAUAUCAUCCCAUGUGUUUCCUCGUGAGGCAAGGAGAACAACCCCGAGAAGGCUUCCUUCUCCUCAGAAAUCUCAUUGAGGACCAGAUGGGGGGAUCGAGUGGUUAUGUUGAUUGGAUUAUGCAACUUCACCGCCAAAUCCAACAAAAUGCCUAA